AUGUUGUUGUCUACCAGCCUGGUGUGCAGUUCCGACUUCACCACGCGAAAGUCGGCACCCCGCUUGGGUGCGAAGAUGCUUGGGAAAGACAGCUCAAUCCGAUCCAAGAUGAGUGUCAACGAGGUCGCUGGCGUGGUGGAACCCAAGGAGAUCAAAGGCCUUUUGGGACUACCGCCGUUGACACUUCCUGCUCACCUACGAGGGGAGCGACUAUCGGAUCUGCCACCCGAAAUUGAAAGUGUAGAUCCGCCUCCGGGUCCAGACAAUCAAUCUGUUUGA